AUACAUCAAUCAGACGUUUACUGUGAGACUUGUGUCGUUUAAAGGAUCGGGAGCUUUGGUUUAUAACUGGUUUUAAGAAAACCUAAAUAUAUUAAAACAUUUCCUCACAUUAUGGAAUCAUUUAAAACAACGUAUAUAAUAUAGACUUAUGUGUUUAUCAGCGGAGUUGUUAUACGAAUAUCAAUACAACGCAAAUGUAUGGGAAUACCAGGAUCAAUCGUAUUGCAUAAUUUACGCAACAAUACCUCCUAGCAGCAACGGAAUAAUACGAGCUUUUUAAAGAGGUUUUCACACUGGAGUUACUUUGAAGAGCCGCUAUGGAUUCAGAGAGCCGGAGCGAGUCGGCUCUCAACAGCCCCACGGAGCCAGAUAUUUCAUUAGCAGCAUCCCUAACAGAUCCUCUUGAGGCGCAUACCCUUGACGAGGCUCGGAGAACUAUCAGAGAUCUUCGUAUGAAAUAUCGAGCUCAGGCGCAUCAGUUGUUGACAUGGCGCCGCGCGCAUCGAACCCAAGAGGAACUAGUCACCCGUCUUCAGCGAGAGAAGGCUGAGCAGCUCAAAUCAUUAUCCAGCCAACUCCUCUUAUUCGAAUCGCGACUGGUUCGUAAACAGAAGGAGAUCACUAGCAUGUUGGCGUUACGAGAGACGAUUAUAAUUAAACAGCAGAAGGUAAUCGAAUCUCUCCAGGCCAAGCUGCUGGAUAAUGGCAUUGAUACGUCACAGAACAUCCCAGAUUUCAGGGAUAUGUUACAGGACACUCACAUCAUAGCUGACUUUGACUCCCUUAACGAUUCAGAUUCAGCUGUCAUAAUGGAAGACGUCGAUUCGGACUGCAGCAACUUGCCCAAUGUGCCGAGAUUUAGAUCCGCCAACCCAGAUACCGUCACUAUAGUCAGAUCCAUCUCUGACGCCAUCGAUCCUAAUCUAAAGUACAGCAUCGUCAGACGCUCGAACGGGUUUCUGAGGAGACCUGAGAUUUUGGAGACCGUUUACAGUGUGGAAGAGGAAGCGGACAAUGAAUCAACAAAAGGCCUAAGUGCACAGAACAGCACGGAGAAAGAAUUGAAAGACGGAAACAAAACUGACGAACAGAAAUGUAAAGAAACAACUCUUCUUGCACAGAGACGAGAUAACUUCCGCAUGAGGAGCGUAGUGCUGACGGGAGAAGUGAAAAGUAUAGAUAACGACAAGGAGGUUAAGCCGAAAACUAGCGGCGAACUGUGGUCCUAUAGCUACGUGCCAAAAAGAAUGAUGCCCGCCAACGAUUCGGACGAGGAAGCUACUUCGAACCCAGAAAGCGACGAGGGAGAGGCGGAACCGCGCUCCAACCCGGUAGUGACUUACAACCGGGUCAUGUCUAACCACAGGAACGUGACUAAACCUAAGGACGUGAAAUACAAGAGGAUCAACAAAGCCAAGUCGAAGAGCUUGGAGGAACUGCGAGGCAGAUUAAAGAAUUGGGUUGAAAAGGGGAAUAAAUUAACCGACAUGCCAUUGGAGCACGCUCAGAGCUACGCUUGAAUAAUUCAUGAAGUUCCUGCAUUUAGGGGAUUCCCGAGCGAUUAUCCGCGGCGUUUUCGUUCAGAUCAUUUGACCUCCAAAGCAAAGGUCAUAGGAUUUAGCAUUCGGAUUCUGAGGUACGAAUGUAUUUACAUUGUUUCAAUAAUGAUUACAUUAAAAAAUACAUAUAUAUUUUCGAGUGAUAUUAUUCCUUAGAUGCCAAAUUUUAAUAUUCGAGGCUUGAUAUUUGAUGUUUAUCUAAAAAAAAAAAAUAAUCAGUGUUAAGUAGUUUUAUGUAGCGGCAAUAUUAUCCGGCUUGUGUAGCUAUAUUUUAUCAAAUUUAAAUAAAUUUCACAAUUCUCAUACGCCAUUUGAAUUUACGGAACAAUAUAAUAUAUCUGUUGAGGCACUAAAAUGUUUUAAUGUUGUAACAGUUUUGAUGUAGACUAAACGCUGUGAGAGAUAUAGUUUUUGGAACGGUUUAAGAGUUAUUUGAGAUCAUUUAAGACUUAGAAAGAAAUCUUCUGCACUAUUCUUGAUACUGUUGUACAAAUUUUUCUAUACGAAUCAAUGUGUUGUGCGAUGUUCUUUAACAAAAAUAUAUAUAUAUAUAUAUAAUAAAAAUAAAUAUUAAUAAUUAAUUAAGACUGUCACGAAGAAGAAUCUUCUUACUAUAAUUUAUUUCGAAACAUUAAUAAUAAUAAUUAAAAAAAAUAAAUAAAUAAAUGUGCAAUUAUUUAAUAUCACUAGUGUUGUUAGGUUAGUGAUGUUUUCAUUCAAUUCCAAGUUCCGUAUAAUUUUUAAAUAGCUGUAGUACUGAGUGGCUUCUGUUGAUAAAAAAAAAAUCGGCAAAUUUUAUCAAAUUCGUUAGAAAUUAUAUCACUACAUCUCCGAGAUCACGUCUGUGUUAGUCGAAUAAGACGCGUGCCAAUAAUAGAUGUACCGUGCAAGAAAUUUUGAAUUUUCUAAUUUAAAAAUAUUUAUAAACAUGGAAAUCUAUUUACAAUAAAUGUUAUUUACCUUCGCUUUUAGCUGUACAUAGGAAACUAUUGAUACAUAAUAAGCACAUAUCACAAAGCUGUUGUUUAACGCUUCGGAUGUUAAUAUUCCAAUAACUAUAUAUAUUUUUCUCCUGAAUACUAUCAACGUGCUGAAUAAAUAUGUGAUGCAAUACA